GUAAAGUUCAUCAGAGUCCCAGCACUUCUUCAGAACAAGAUUCUAGUAACGUGGAAUCAAAUGAAGCAUCUAGUUUCUCCACCUGGAGUGAGGAAAACAUCUCCGUAACAGACAGAAACUCUUCAGACAGUAGCUCCUGCACUAAAGAAGAGUCUGAGGCACGUAAACCAGUGAAGAGAACAUGCCAUUCUAGUGGUGUGGUGAACGAACCAUCUGAUUUGUCCAACUUAUGUGAUGAAAACAACCCGGGGACUGAGAUCAGCCCUUCAGACGGCAACAAAGACAAGAACAUCCAAACAGACUCUGGGGCUCAUUAUCCAGCUAAGAGGAUCUGUCAGAGGGUGCAUGAUGUUGCCGUAGCAAGACGUGGGAGUGGAGAGAUGGCCUCCUGUUGCCGUCCCAAAGUGCCAGGAUCCACUCGAUGUUACACCCACUGCUUGUACUGUCAAGGUUUGUACAUUCGAAAGUCACUACGGAAGCAUGUCAGAUACUGCCCUCUGAACCCCAAAGCUGAAAAACCAAAACCUGGACCAAAGAUGAGGAUUCAGUCAGCAAUGGCGUUUAAGAUGUGUCCUCAACCCGACUACGUCAGCACAGGUCUUUGGAAGAUCGUUUGUGGUAUGAACUCCGACCGAGUUUCAUUUGUGGUGAAAAAUGACAAAUGUAUCCUCCUCAUGGGAGAGGAGCUGUACAACAAACUACAGCCAGAUGACAGAAGAAACGGAUACAUUCAGCAAAGAAUGAGAGAGGUGGCAAGACUCCUCAUCACGGCCAGGACGUGUACACCUCUGAUGUGCUUUGAGGACUUGGUCAUACCUAGUAAUUUACCUCACGUCAUCACGGCAGUGAGAGCUGUUGCUGGCUACAACGAGGAGAACAAAACGUACGACCGUCCGACGCUGGCUGUUCAAAUGGGAUACAACUUAAUGAACAUUGGCAGCGCUGUGGAAUCCUGUGCAUUGACGUCAGGACGACACAAAGUCGCGGAGUCUGCUGGCAAAUUCAAAAGUUUCAAGUGGAAUGAGGUUGUUUUGGCUGGAGCACUGUCCACUCUCAGUGAACCCCAAAAUAAAUGCGCCCAGCCGGCCCGUCGCACAGGCGCCCAGCCGGCCCGUCUCCCAGCGGAGCCGGCGCCCAGCAAACCCGUCGCACAGGCGCCCAGCCGUCCUGUCUCCCAGCUGAGCCGGCGCCCAGUAAACCCGGCGCACAGGCGCCCAGCCAACCCAAAGAAACACUGUGAGAUGAAAGUGGAUCGUUGAUGAGGGAGCAGCAGUAGAGAGACACAUAAUGCCGUUCAUAGAGUGGCCAAGUUCCUGGAAAGAGGGACUGCCUCAAAUGCCUCCAGUCAGAACCUGUGGAGCUCUAAAGCAGAAACUGGUCGGGCAUUAAGUUCUAUGUGAAUAGAGUCAAACAGAGACAGAGUACUGCAGCAAAUUUGGGAGACAUCGGCCCUGACGGGGACUUCAAAUCAGGUCCAGAGACUGUCAACGCAACACCUUAGCCAUUGCGUUUCUCAGUCAGACUUCGAACCAGCCAGGGAUUUGAACCAGCGACUUUGUGUGUGGUGGGGGGUUACAGGUACCAAUAUUUAAAUUCAUAUUCUGUUCAUAUAUUUUAUAUUCAUUAGUUCACACAUUGUACCUGUGGGUUGCCACUAAAAACAUUGAAGAAGAAAUUAACUUUG